GCGUCUUCCAGGCUGCCGCUCGAAAAAAAAAAUGGUCGCCUCACCUGCUGAGCGUUCCAGUAUAUCCCUCCGCGGGGUCAGUUUAUUUUCUGGCGAAAAUGUUUUUUUCUCUUACACGUCUCAUUGAUGUGUAGUCAAAUCUUCCGUAAAUGCGAUCGCCUGCUAUGAACAACAAAUAAAAACGACUGAGUGGUGGAAAAACAGGAAAGAAAAAGUGCUUCUUUGAUCAAACCGGGGGACUAGUUAGCGUCUCAUCGGCGUGGGAACACAGAGGCGUGACGCGGCCGCACUCAAAUAUGGCUACCGUUGGAGUGCGAGCUACAACUUUAAUACCGAAAAUCUGAAUCGAUCUCAAUUUUUAUCUUUUGUUUUUUUUUUGUUUUCCUUUUUUCCCUUCCAGAGAAAGGACGCGGAUUGUUUCCGGCUCGGAUCGCAAUCCGGGGGAUGUUGAUUUCGAGGGUACGGACGCGCCGGAGGCUGAAAAACCGAACGGGAAUUUAAUGUGAUUUUUUUUUUCCCUUUUAAGAAAAAAAAAAACAACAAAAACGGAUGUGUGUGUAAACGGUGUCUGAAUUUUUUUCUUUCAAAAAAAAAAAAAAAGGAGAAAGAAAAAAGAAAAGAGAGAAAGAAAUGGCCAGCUUGCCCCCGGUGUCGCGAGCUUGAAAACGGAAUAACGUCGGAAUCAAGGGACGCGGCGUCUCGCGCUCGCUUUGAUCGUCAUGAUCCGGGUUUCUCGGUUUCUUUCAUGGGAAUGAGGUUUUUCCUGCAGCGCCACGGGAUUUUAUCUCACCGACAAUAAAGAAAAGAAGGAAAGAAAUAAACAACAACUACAGGAAUUAGUAAAUUCGAGCUGAGAGCAUCGCUGGGAGGAAACGCGCAGGGAUGUAAAAAACCCGAAGGAUCCUGAGAUGUGGGGAUGAAAAAAGCGGAAUAAAGAAAGAAUCCUAAUCAAUAAAUAGAAAAAUACAAACAAACAAAUUGAUCAACGACGUAAAAAAACAAACAAAAACAAAUCAAGACGGAUUGUUUUUUUGUCUCAUUCGAAAAAAAAUUACUCGGAUAUUUCCUGGGACGUGUUUUGGGAAUAUAAACUGGAUUUUUCUUUCUCCAAAAACAACCAGGAGUAUAAAUGUCGGAAUAGUGGUCUAUCCUGCCUCCCCAUACCCCCCUCAUCCCCCUCUUCCUCCCCCUCACCUCCCCCUUCCUCCUCCUCCUCCUCUUCUUCCUCCUCAACCUCCACCUUCUUCUUCUUCUUCUUCUUCUCAAUUCUCCUCGAAAUCCCAAACAAAAAAAAAAAAGCACCACCAGGAACCAAAAAAGAACCGAAAAGUCCUGUGUGUCCCUCAACCCCAGCCCCCUGUCCGGUGUUGACAUGAAGGACACACGUCCCUAGUGUUAUUUAAAAAAGAAUGUCAUCAGAGGAGAAGGUUCUUGAUUCCUCUGAUAAAGGACCCUCGCCACCUGCGGGUGGAUCUGUGGCCACGCCCACAGGAAGCCCCGCUCACAACGACAGGCGGCCCCGAGGCCGGCCCCGGAAGGAUGUCGUAUCCACGCCCAGGCAGAGGAGGAAGAGUCGAGGCAGAGGGAAGGCCGUGUUGGAGGAUGAAGACAGCGCUGAUGGUAUGGACACUGGAGGAACGCAGGAGCUCGACGGUAGAGGAGUGCAGCAGGAGGACGUGGAGGACGUGACCACGGUGUCUCUUCCCGGAGACGGAGAGGAGGACGUUGGUCCUGCGCCGCUUGUUUCUCCGAACCCUGAGACAGAGGAGGCGGGAACAUCAGCAGCCUGUGGAGGAGCUAAAAGCAGCGAGCGGCUCUGUGCCUUUUGCUACUGUGGAGAGCGAAGUCUGCUCGGUCAGGGCGAACUGAAGCUCUUCAAGGCCACGCUGGGAUGCGACCCUCCGCUCCACCGUAACCAUGACAACAGCCAAUCAGGGAGGCCCAGGGGUCUGGAGAGCGGCGGAGUGGACGAAGCGGGACGCAGGUUUUGGGAUGAGCUUCAUCGCGUCGGUUUACCAGAGGACGUAGACGUUCAGUCUCUCUUCACCGAGUCAGGUCAGUGCUGGGCCCAUCAGCGGUGUGCUCUGUGGUCGGAGGGCGUGUGCCAGGCGGAGGACCAAUCACUGCUCUACGUGGACAGAGCCAUCCUCUCAGGGAGCACAGAGCAUUGUGCAUAUUGUAAGCGCCUUGGAGCAUCCAUUAAGUGCUGUGAGCAGGGGUGCGACCGCUCGUACCAUUAUCCAUGUGCGGGAGGAGCCGGAACCUUCCAGGACUUCAGGAAGCGCUCGGUCCUGUGCACGAAGCACGUGGAGCUCGCUGUCAGUAAAUCGACGGAGGAGGUAAAGUGUGUGCUGUGCGAUAGUCCUGGUGAUUUGAUGGACCAGCUGUUCUGCACCAGCUGUGGUGUUCACUACCACGGCAUGUGUCUGGACGUCAGCGUGACCCCUCUGAAGCGAGCAGGAUGGCAGUGCCCGGAGUGUAAAGUGUGCCAGACGUGCAAGAACCCAGGCGAGGACUCGAAGAUGCUGGUGUGUGAUGUGUGUGAUAAAGGCUAUCACACCUUCUGCCUGCAGCCCGUCAUGGAGUCGCUUCCCACCAGCAGGUGGCGGUGUCAGAACUGCAGGGUGUGUGUGCAGUGUGGCACUCGCAGCACCAGUCUGCUAUGCGAGAGCUGCUCCAGGCAGCACGACUCGUCCCACCUCUGCUCCCUGUGUGCUGGAAACCUGGACACCGAGCUCCAUAAAGACCUUCUGACCUGCCAUCAGUGCAAACGGUAUUUUCACGUGGAGUGCGAGCGGCAGCUGGAGUGUCAUGUGGAGCUCCAGGCUGGAGAAGAUUACACUUGUUCGGUGUGUAAAGUUUCCACGCCUGCCGAGACGGACGUGCGCGAAACACACUCAGACGUCGACGUCGAAACACGACCUGCACAAUCAGACAUGCAGUCCGAACCAGCACAGGGAACGGAACCGGGCCGGACCGGCACUGAGCCGCAGAGCCAGGUGGAGGACGAGAUGGAGCACAAGGAGUCCGAAGCGUGUGCAGAUACGAGGUAUGAAAAUCCCCAACAUGCGGCCAGUGAAGCUUUAGCAGAAGGACACACGUGUGAAAAGGUUCCAGAACCUUCUCAGGACACGAAGCCAGCUGGUAGUCCAGAAGCUUCUCAGCAGGAGCCAGAUCCGUCCCCUGAGCCGAACUCCGUCCAGUCUCUCACUCAGCCCAUUAAAGCAGAGUUGCCUCAUCACCCAGAAAUCCAUUCACCGUCUGGACCUCCAGAAACAUCAUGUCUCCAAGAGGAGGAGCUCAAAUCCAGCCUGGAGGAGCAGAAAUUCGAAUCCACCAAAGACCUCGACUCUGAAGCUUCUAAUGAGGAACCUAUGGAAGUAUCAUUUUCAGAACCGUCCGACGAGAAGAAAGCAAGUUUCGUGCCAAAGCUAGAGAAGGACGUGGGCCGUCUCGAAGAGAAAACGUCUAAGGAGGAGGAGCAAAAUGAGGUUCCUGGGAGCCUCACAGAGAAGGACAGUGAAAGAUCUACGGAAACCCCUGCAUCAGAAAUCGUAGAUGAAGAUUCCGCUGUGCAGGAACACCAUGUGUCUUUUGAAAUCAGUCCUACGCAAAAGGAACAAGGACCUUCCAAGGACCUCCUGGUGGAGCAGAGUGAGAGGACCAGUGAGGAUUGUAAAAGGUCUUCUGAAGGUCGCUUGGUAGAAGAAUGUGCCAGAGCUCCUGACAGAGUCCAAUCUGAGGUUGAAAACCUUCCAGCGAAGGAAGUGGUGGAGAACUGUGGAAGAUCUUCGGAAGAGUUUUCAUUGGAGGAUCGUCAGAGUCCUUUUGAAGGGCUUUCUGAGGUGAUGGAUUUCGGUAUGGACGAUGAGAGAAGCUUGGCCAAGCUGAGCUCACUGGUGGAAGAGAAAACGUCGCUGAAGCCACCGGUGGUCAGGCAGCCGGAGAGUUUUCACUGCUCCAUGAUCAACCCACAGCCUUCCGGAGAACCGAGCAGCAACGUGCCUUCAUCCACCUUCAUACCACUCAUGCCAAAAAUAGGCAUGGGCAAGCCUGCCAUCUCCAAGAGGAAGUUCUCACCUGGAAGACCCAGGAUCAAGCAGGGAGGAUGGAGUGCGCCCCCUAGACUGAGCUCCCCCUCUCUGUCCCCGGUUUGGGACGCCCCAAAAAGCAGGCAGGACCACAGUAUGGUGGGCGUCUGGAGCAUCCGUGUGGGUCGGGGAUCAGGCUUCCCGGGGAGGAGGAGAUCCCGAGGGGCGUGGCUUUCGGGUCGAGGUGGUCGUGGCCGAUCCAGGAUGAAGAACGGCGUGGUCUCUGCACCGGGAGGGAGCGCCAUGGAGCCGCAGAUUUACCCGUUCAGAGAAGAAGAGGAGAACUCCAUGCACAACACGGUGGUGAUCUUCUCCAGCACCGACACCUUCACGCUCAAACAGGACAUGUGUGUGGUGUGUGGAAGUUUCGGGCAGGGUGUGGAGGGACGUCUGAUCGCCUGCGCCCAGUGUGGACAGUGUUAUCAUCCGUACUGCGUUAACAUUAAGAUCACUAAAGUGGUGCUGAGUAAAGGCUGGCGGUGUUUGGAGUGUACAGUGUGUGAGGCAUGCGGCCAGGCGAGCGACCCCGGGCGACUCCUGCUGUGUGACGAGUGUGACAUCAGCUACCACACCUACUGCCUGGACCCGCCCCUGCAGAACGUCCCGAGCGGGAGCUGGAAGUGCAAAUGGUGUGUAUCGUGCACGCAGUGCGGCGCCACGUCACCCGGCCUGAGGUGCGAGUGGCAGAAUAAUUACACCCAGUGUGCGCCGUGUGCCAGCCUGACAUCCUGCCCCGUCUGCCAGCUGGACUACAGCGAGGACGAGAUCAUCCUGCAGUGCCGCCAGUGUGACAGGUGGAUGCACGCGUCGUGUCAGGGCUUCCACUCUGAGGACGAGGUCGAGAAGAUCUCCGACAGCAGCUUCGACUGCAGCUUGUGCCAAGGCCAGGGCUCGCUCUCUCCAGGAGCCAGAGUAUCAGCUCCUAAGCCUCAUACGGAUUUCCUUUCGGCGCUCCCUGUGACUCCGCAGAUCGCCAUCAAGUCGAGGGAUCUGGGUUUGACGAGGACAUACACGCAGGACGGAGUGUGUCUCACCGAAUCGGGUCUGUCCCAACUCCAGAGCCUGGCUAACUCCUCCUCCAGGCGCAGGAGGACGAAACCAAAGCUCACGCUCAAGAUCAUUAACCAGAACAGUGUGGCUGUCCUUCAGACGCUACCGGACCCUCAAGGCGAGCUCUCUCGGGACGUCGACCUCGACGACGCCAGAGGUUACCAUCAAGCGGAGCUCAUAGACGGCGAAGGGAAGUCAGAUUCGAGCCCCGAGAGAGAGACGGCGGGAGAGGACGAGUCUAAAGGAAGCGAGGGCUGCAAAAAGAGGAAGCGGAAGCCGUAUCGACCCGGUGAGAAACACAAGCGUAUUGGAGGCUUUAUGGUGAGGCAGAGGAACCGGGCGGGCCAAAACAAAACCAAACCGGAUCUGAGCAGGAAGGACUCGAGCGGCUCCGUGUCCGAAACGCAACAGGGCAAAGACGAUGGCUGGGCUGAUCUGAUGCCUGAUGUUCCCAUGGAUGAGAAACCCUCCAUCUCCGUUUUCCCGGAAAACCCUGAGGUAAAAGUGCGGAAACGCUACCGAAAGAAGAAGACCAAACUGGAAGAAGCGUUUCCUACGUACCUACAGGAGGCUUUUUUUGGUAAAGACCUUCUGGAUAAGAGCAAGCAGAGCAGGCAGGAGAACGCGAGCCUGAUGGAGGAGGAGAAGACCCGGAAGCAGCAGAACAUCAUGUUGAAGAUGCCCUUGAACCCAUCCAUGAGCACAUCCACACCACAUGCUAGUAAACCUGCAGCACUACGGAGCCACGAGGAGCCGCUGGUGGAUCUGUCCGAGGUCCUGAAAUCGGACACCGAUCUGCUGGGAAUGUUGUCUGAUAACAUGGGCAAGCAGAGCGAGGAGUCUGGUCUUGAUUUUUGCCCUUUCCAGGUUGACUGCUCUUCCCCUACAUUUGCUGGACUGGACGUUGCUCCUCUUACCGGAGAACCUUCAGGAUCUUCUCAGUCAAACCAGGGACGAGUGUCUCAUCAGGACGAGCCGCUGGACGGCAUCCUGAGCCCCGAACUGGACAAGAUGGUGACGGACGAAUCCAUUCUGAGCAGACUGUAUAAAAUACCAGAACUAGAAGGAAAGGAUGUUGAGGACCUCUUCACCGCCGUACUGAGCCCCAGCACCUCCCAGGCCACUUCAACUCCUCCCCAAAGCCAUGGAGCACACCCGGCACAGGGGGCGCCAUCCAACCAAAUCAACUCAGGAAUGUUUCCCAGAAUGCCAGUGAUAAAUGGACUGAUAAACCCCAGUCAGCAGUUCCCUCCAUCACAGAUUCCUCCUGGAGUGGACGUAGGACGAAACUUCCCUCCCAUGCAACGCAUGCCUUUUUCUGACAAUCUGAGGGACAGGAAGUUUGGUCCAAUGUCACGGGAUGCAGCGGGUCCAUGGUCAGCCACCGGUCCGAGUCCUGCUCCAGUUCCGGUUCCCGUUUCGGCUGCUGUAUCCGAGGGCGAGACGGACUCUUUAUCCACGGCUCAGAAGAGCAUGCUGAAAUGGGAGAAAGAAGAGACACUGGGAGAACUCGCCACCGUGGCCCCUGUCCUCUACACCAACGUCAACUUCCCUAACCUCAAAGAGGAAUAUCCAGACUGGCAAACACGAGUGAAACAAAUCGCCAAGCUCUGGAGGAAAGCAAGUUCUCAAGACAGAGCUCCAUAUGUGCAAAAGGCACGGGAUAACCGAGCGGCGCUGCGCAUCAACAAGGUCCAAAUGUCCAACGAGACGAUUAAGAGGCAGCAACAGCCACAGACCUCACAGCCUUUGGAGGUGUUCGAUCCUGCAAUUCCUCCUCUGGACCCUGAGCUUCUGUUCAAGGAUCCUCUGAAGCACAAGGAAUCCGAGCAGGAGCAGGAAUGGAAGAUGAGACAGCAAAUGAGACAGAAAAGUAAACAACAAGCCAAAAUCGAGGCAACACAAAAACUUGAGCAGGUGAAAAACGAGCAACUUCAGCAGCAACAACAGCAGCAACAGCAGCACCUCAAAGGAGGUCAAUCUGACCUUGACUGCUCUGGUAGCCUCCAGAGUCCUGCUUCAUCGCAGUCCAGCAAUGGGAACAUGUCUCCUAUGCAGCCUGCCUCCAAGAACGGGUUCUCCAAACCGCUUCCUGGAACUCCCACCGCGGGUUCCCCAGAUGACGUCUUUUUACGUCCUCACCCUCCACCCCUGUCUUCAGGAUCUCAGCCACAAUCUCCACAGAUGUUCUCUCCAGGCUCUUCCGGUUCAAGGCCAUCAUCGCCCUGGGAUCCUUAUGCGAAAAUGGUGGGCACACCAAGACCACCACCAAGCGGCUCAGGUGCCGUCCGUCGGAACUCUGAAUCUGGGAAAUCACCCCGGAGUCUUUCUGAGGAGCGCGGAAAACCUUCAAGUGUACACGAAUCUAUGGGUUCACCAACAGCCCUUAAUGUCGAUCCAUAUGCUAAGCCUCCAGAUACACCAAGACCUGCGGGUUCAACCGACCCCUUCCUUAAACCUAUGUGCCCCCCCAGGGUGGGUCCGUCCAUCGAAGGGAGGCACAUCAUUGGUUCUCCAGGACACGACCCAUUCUCCAGGGGGGCCAUGAGAAAGGAAGCGUAUCUACGUAUGCCUCAUGGCAAGAUGAUACUUUCGGACCCCUAUGCCCGCCCUUUACUUGCUCCCAUACCAGGAAGUAAUGAAUCGGGGUCUGUCCAACCUUUUAACCCCAUGCCACCUCCUCAGCCUCAGGACUCAAAUGCAGCCAUGCACUCACGAAGACCAGAUCCUUUUGAAAGACCAAUGAUGCCCCCUCGUCCUGCAGAAGCUUUUACACAAGGUCAACAGAGUGACCCUUAUGCGCAUCCUCCACUUACUCCUCAUCCUGAAGCGUUUGAGAAUCAAACAAGAGUUCCACGGCAACCUCAGCCUCACCCUUUCACGCAGUGUACGCCAAUGGGACAUCAGUAUUCACGCUCGCCCUCAAGCUCUAGACCAGAGUUCCCUCAUUGUGACCCUUUUGCCCAGUCCCCAUACUCUAACCCAUAUGCUCGAAUGCCAGGAACGCCGAGACCACAUGACCCUGAACCUUACUCCCACCAGUCUGCACCUUCUCACCCGGUCAUGAUGAACCAACCAGCACAGCAAACUCAGAAUCGCAUGUCCUUGGAUCCUUAUGCACAGCAGCCUGGAACUCCACAUCCAGGGGUACCAGAACGGUUCCCCAGACCCCAAAAUUACCAAAGGAACCAAGACCCAUUUAAUCACCCUCCUGCAAUGGUUCGACCAAUCGCAUCAGAUCCCCAUGCUCAACCAGUCGGAGUCAGUCAGUUGCUACUUCAUGAUCCAUUUGCCCAAGGUCCUAGGACACCUCAUCCUGGAGGGGCAGCCCGACCAGGACCCAUGUCCACUCAGGAUGCCUUUUCACCACCUCAGGUCUUGAUGCAGGAUACAUUCGCCAGUCCAGGAGUUUCAGGGUCUCAAACUCCACGUCACCCUGGUAUAGCAGAUGAAAACAUGAUGUCUCAGUCUCCGUCCAAUCAGUCAAGCCAGACUCCGUCUCACAAUCCAUUCGAACAGGCACCGAUGACUCCUCAUCCUCAGUUUGCAGAAAACAGGGAGCAGCAAGGUUUAGGGCAUAACGCCGUAGCAAUGGGGCAACCAAACUCUGAGGUUCAAACUGUUCCUCUGGCGGAAGCUGAGGAAAGACUGAGACAGCGUCAGAGGAUUCGAGAGCUGCUUCUCAGGCAGCAGCAGCAAAAAAGUGCCAUUCGUCAAGAAAAGAGCCCACAGGAACAAUCCAUGCCUAUGACACCAGGAACUUCUCAACACUGGAGUCAAGAAGCCAGAGGUCAACAAAACGACAUAUUCAACCGACCACCUCCGCCAUAUCCUGGUCCAGGAGCUGUUAGGACCCCUCAGCGAUUCCAUGGACCAUAUCCAGGAGAUCAGCGGGGCGCUUUUCCUGAUGGGCAGUUCACAAGAUUUCCAGGAGACAAUCAUAAUCUCAGGCAACCAGGACCAAGAUUGAGCUUUCCUGCUGGUAUUCACGGGCCUGGUUUAAGAGCACCUAUGAAUCAAAUGCAAGAUUCAAUAAUGGAAGGUCUUCCACAAAUGAGGAGGUCCAUGUCUAUAGAUCUGGGGAAGUCAUUAGCAGGGAACCCAAUGGGAUUACAGCCUUUAGCAGCUCAAGGCAUGCAUAUGCAGCAGCACAAUAUCAUGGGACAACCGUUUAUAGAGCUCAGACACAGACCUCCUGAGAGUAGACUCCGUCCUCCCUUUGGACCUUCUGUUCUGCAGGGGAACCGAAUGGAAUUACCUUCACUUCAGCGACUGCCAAGUUUUAUGAUGGGACAGGAAAUGGGCUUCUCAAACAAUCUGGGUCCUAAACCCAUGGAUUCUAGUAUGAAUCAAACUCAGGGCAUAGGCGGUGGUGCAGAUGUUCACACAACAAUAAGUAUGGAAAACUUGCAUCAGGCCAAUGCUCCUCUAAGAACCGGGCAACUUUCAAUCAUAAGGUCAAUGAGCCAACCUGCUUCUAAUGUGACUUUCAGUGGAAAUGCUCUUGCUAAUUAUCCCACAGCAUCUUCUGGACCAUCAGGUGAAGUCGAUUUGCCUAUAAAUGAAGGAUCUGAGGAGAAGAUUGACACAGAUGAUUCAGCUGUAAAGGACCUUGAAGAUGUUGAGGUCAAGGACCUGGUGGAUACCGAUCUAGAAAAUCUAAAUCUUGACGCAGAUGAUGGAAAAGAUCUGGAUCUGGAAGCUAACGACCUGCACAUAGAUGAUAUUUUCUUGACGUCUGGAAAGUUUGAUAUAAUUGCCUACACUGAUGCGGACUUAGACCUUAGUGAAGAUUUGGAUCUCAACGUCCCUAUUGAUGACCACAACGACAGCAGCGACCUCCAGAAGGAGCCUGUGGAGAAGAAGCCUGAAAGUCCAUGUGAUGGAUUGAUACCUUCAGAUUCAAUGUCAGCAGAAGUUAAAACAGAGGGAAAAUCUGAAGUGGCAUUAGAUAACAUCAAAGAAGAAGAUAAUCAGGUUUCUUUAAAAGCAGAGAAAGAUAUCAAAUCUGAGGUCAGUUCUGGUUCCUCACAUGAAUCUUCUUGCAAAAAUCUUGCCGUCAGUCGAGAAGACUUCAGAGGUAGUAUUCCAAAACCUGGUGUUCACCCUGAUGCUACUCCAGUUCUCUCUGGCUUACUGGUCAACGUGCCUUCGGAUAGUAAACAAAAUAAACAAGAGAACUGUGGCCAGCAGGUGACUCUUCAGGAACCUGGUCUACAACAGGCUCUUAAUUCUCUGGAUCAAGGAAUGAAUUCUGGCCUGGUGGCAGACCAGAUGAUUUCUGCUCCGAGCGAGGGUUCAUUAGACCUCCAUCCAGGUUCCAUCCAGGAUCAGCCCUCGGGUUCUGUCUUUUCCGCGGAUCAGAAGGACGCUUUGCUCUCGGUAGAACAAACGAACGUUCUUCCUCCGAACCAACAAGCCAUGUUGUUACAGCAGGGCCAGCAGAAUCGACCGCUGCUCCUGGAGGAACAGCCGCUUUUGCUGCAAGAUCUUCUGGAUCAGGAGAGACAGGAACAGCAGCAGCAGAAACAGAUGCAGGCUAUGAUCAGACAGCGAUCCAGCGACUCGUUCUUCCCUAAUAUAGAUUUUGAUUCCAUCACCGAUCCCAUCAUGAAAGCGAAGAUGGUGGCGUUGAAAGGAAUCAAUAAAGUGAUGGUUCAGAACAAUAUGGGAAUGCCACAAAUGGUCAUGAACAAAUUACCAACAAAUGCUCCAGCAGGUCAGGGACCACAGGCUUCAGAUGGAUGUGUUCCUCCUCAGCAAGCAUUGCCCCAGGAUGGCAAACUGGCGCCGUACAUGACCAGACCCAGUCCUCCAAGUUUUGGCCAAGGAUUCACCAACGAAGCCCAGAAAAUACAGUAUGAAGACUGGCUUCGGGAGACGCAAAAGCUUCUCCAGAUGCAGCAGAAGUUUCUUGAGGAGCAGAUCGGUGCUCACCGGAAGUCUAAGAAGGCUUUGUCGGCUAAGCAGAGAACGGCUAAGAAAGCCGGACGUGAAUUUCCCGAGGAGGACGCUGAGCAGCUGAAGCACGUCACUGAGCAGCAGGGCGUGGUGCAGAAACAGCUUGAGCAGAUUCGCAAACAACAGAAAGAGCAUGCUGAGCUGAUCGAAGAGUACAGGGUGAAGCAGCAGCAGCAGGGCGCCAUGAUGCCGAUGCCAAAUCAUCCGAACAUGAUGCCACCUGUACCUGUGAACCAACCCGUCAUGGGUCCGGCCAUGCCCAUGCAGAUGCAUCCGAAUAUCCAGGCGAAUAUCUCCAGCGUUCCAGGCUGGCGUCCUGGAGCUUCAGGCCCGGUUCGACCUCAGAUGCCGGGUGUAAUCCCUCCUCAGAUGAUUCAAGGCCCUGCUCCUCAGCAAACCUUAGUCAGACCCGGACGAGUCGCCAGCGAGUCUCCUCACGUGAAUUUCGACGACACCAAUCCUUUCAGUGAAGGCUUCCAGGAGCGAGAGAGAAAAGAGAGGCUUCGGGAGCAGCAGGAAAGGCAGAGGGUGCAGCUGAUGAAGGAGGUGGAGAGGCAGCGCAUGAAACAGCAUAUGGAAAGCGAGCAUCAGCAGCAAGGCCUCCUCAGCCAGAUGCCCUUCUAUGACCAGAAUUUACCUCAGGAGUUCAUUCCACAAAUAGAGGGGGCAGGAUUUCCCCAGCAGGCAGCCAUGCAGCCGGGGAUUGGAGCUCCUUCUUCUUCUGGACCCAUGAUGGGAAAUGGCUCCUUCGGACAGGGAGUAAGACCAGGUUUUACGCCAGAUAGCCAAGCACCACAUGGAUCUCAUUUUGCUCAGGGGCAGCUCAGAGCCCCGGAUCGUCCUGGACAGAAUAUGAUACAACAUAACAAUCCAGGUUUAGAAUCAUCUCCUCAUUUUCCACCGAACUUUCCCGGCUCUGGUCCGUCCCUGAUUCAGCUUUAUUCAAACAUCAUCCCAGAUGAAAAGGCAAAGAAGAAACGGAACCGCAGGAAGAAGAACGACGAGGACUCUGAAUCUUUAAGGGCACCUUCUACACCGCACUCUGACCUCACUGCCCCUUUGACACCCUGCGUAUCAGAUACUUCCUCCACACCCACCAGGAACCCCUUGGUUUUUGGAGAGCACGAGCUGUGCGAGACCUCCCAGCCUGGUUCCUCCACACCAGGCUCUCAGAGCAGCCAGCACCACUCGGAGCUGGAGCGGCAGCUUUCUGAGGGAAGCUUCUGCGCAGCGUCUGAGGUAGCUGCGUGUCAGCAGGACCUUCACGACAAAAUUCUCUCCAACAUUAAACUGGAAAGGAUUGAAGCUGACUGCCAUGGUCCAAAAGUUCCUGAAAUGAGCAUGGGUAUGGGCAUAGUCAAACUGGAAGGGGACAAAGAGGGCAUGUCACCACAUCCCACAGGACAGAGUCCGGCCAGAAGCUCGAAGGGAGAUGGUGGGAACGAGCUCCUGAAACAUCUUCUGAAGAACAAGAAGACACCUCCGCCGGCAUUGCCUCAGCAGAAAUCAGAGGACAGCAUGAGAUCAGAGGAGGAAAACUUGAUGGACAGCAAGGUUCUUCUAAGACAGAGCUCAAUAGACAGCAGUGGGACCUUCUCAGACAGCCAGCUUUCGUUCAACCCUGACUUCAGCAGCCCUUUAAUGUCCGAGGACAAGAAAAAGCAAAGGACCAAGCGUACUCCAAAGAGUGGAGAACGUCCGGCUCCUCGCUCUAAAAAGAGGAAGAAGGAGGAUGAGAGACAGGCCAUGUAUCCCUCAACCGAAUCCGUAAUGUCUAAUCUGAAGCAGCAGCAACCCUCUCUCUUGCCCCUGAUGGAGCCUCUAGUGGGUGUCAAUUUUGCCCAUUUCGUGCCCUACGGAAGUGGGCAGCUAGACGGGGAAAGCCGUCUUUCGGGCACUUUCGGAAGCGCCUCGUUGGACGGGAUGUCUGAUUAUUACUCCCAGCUCAUAUACAAACAGAACAACCUGAGUAACCCUCCGACGCCUCCUGCCUCUCUGCCCCCCACUCCUCCACCUGUGGCUCGUCAGAAGUUGCUCAAUGGCUUCGCCACCACAGAGGAACUGUCCAGUAAACCUGCUGUCGUGGGCGGCCAUGAUGUGACUAAAGGGCUGCCUUCAAGACCACUUCAUGUACCUUUUAAGACUGAGGAGGAUCUUAUCGCCAGAGCUCUCGCUCACGGCCCCAAAACAGUGGACGUACCUGCCUCGUUGCCCACACCCCCUCACAACAACCAGGAGGAGCUGAGGGGACAGGAGCACUGUGAGGACAGGGACACGCCGGACAGUUUCGUUCCCUCCUCGUCUCCGGAGAGCGUGGUCGGCAUGGAAAUCAGCCGCUAUCCGGAUCUGUCUCUGGUCAAACAGGAGCCUCCAUCUCCGUCCCUCUCUCCAGUCAUGCCCAUGUUCCAGAAAUCCAGGGCGAGAGACUCUGAGACGAAGCUGAGGGAGAUCAAAACCGAGCCCUCGUCCAUGUUCUUCGGCUCGCCGUACGGAACGCCGCAGAACGGCCCGGGCCUGGUCUCCAUAGCGAUCACGCUGAAGCCCUCUGCCGCUGAGAACAUCACCGACGUGGUAGCGGCCAUCGCCGACCUCAUCCGGGUGAAGAUCCCGAGCAGCUACGAAGUGAGCGGCGGACCGUGGCCCCACGGCAGCCUGAGUACCCAUAAGGCCAUGAUACACGGCCUCGAUCCGCGUCUGGCUCAGGGUCACGCUGCAGUACGGAUGAACUCACAAGCAGGAGCUCAACAUCAGAAUCAGCACCUGGAUAAGAGUCCACUGAGAGGCAGAGAGCAGUACCGGGACGGUUCGAGCAGCCCAGGUCCGAAGCCACAGUGGUGCCGGCAUUGUAAAGUGGUAAUCCUGGGGAGCGGUGUCAGGAAAACCAGCAAAACGCAGGACUUUCAGCUAAGCUCUGAUGGAGAUCUGGUGUUCUGCAGCCGCAGUUGCCUCAUACUGCACUCCUCUUCACAGUCCAAAGCCAGUGGUGACACCAAGAAUUCUGUGGCCCUGCUUCCGGAUGGGUCGGUGAAAGAAAGUCCUUCCAAAGCACAGCACCAGUACAACAACAACAUGUCAUCUUUAGAUGUCCACUGUUUGGCGCAGCUUCAGCCCAAGACGUUGCCUUCUUCGCCUUCUCAGCCUGGUCUCCAUGUCCGUCUUGCUCCACCAGAGCCUCUGAAAACGCUGCCCAAGCUAGAGCCGAGCGUUCCCGAAAGCCAAAACCUUAAAGUGACCGUGAAACUCAAGCCUCGUUCCCAGAACCAGUCCGAUGAGAAGCCUUGGCACCACGGGAAACGCUGGAAAGGCUUGCGUUGGCGCAAGUGGACGAUGCAAAUCGUGGUGCCGAAGACCGAAUCUCCGGCACCAGAGAAGGCGGUGGAGGAUCUCCUGCUUCAGCUGAACUCCUCUCUGCGUCCUUGCUCGUCUCUCCGAGACCGGCGCCGCUGCUGCUUCUGCCACCAGGAGGGGGACGGGGUGACAGACGGUGCCGCCCGCCUUCUCAACCUGGACCUGGACACCUGGGUUCACCUUAACUGCGCCCUGUGGUCCUCUGAGGUUUACGAAACCCAAGCGGGUGCCCUGAUUAACGUGGAGCAGGCACGACAGCGGGGCCGGACCAUUUCCUGCGCCUUCUGCCAACGCCUGGGCGCCACCAGCGGGUGCCACCGACUGCGAUGCCUCAACGUCUACCACUUCACUUGCGCUUUGCAAGCAGGAUGCACCUUUUUCAAAGACAAAACCAUGCUGUGUCACCAGCACCGGCCCAGAAUCUCCGGAACCGGUGCCCUUCUUCACCUCGAGGACCAGCAGCUGCGCUGCUUUUCGGUUUUCCGACGCGUCUACGUCCAACGUGACGAACUAUGCCAGCUGGCGGGUGCUGUCCAGCGUCCUGAACUUGGGCACACCUUUCGCAUAGGCAGCCUGCUCUUUCACACUAUGGGCCAACUUCCACCUGCCCUGAUGCCCCACUUCCACUCGUUCAACACCAUUUUCCCUCCCGGGUACGAGGCUAGUCGCCUGUACUGGAGCAUGAGGCAUGGGCGCCGCCGCUGCCGCUACGUGUGCACAGUUGAGGAGCGCCAAGGCCGGCCGGAGUUCUGCAUCCGGGUCCUGGAGAAGGGCUACGAAGACCUUCUGCUCACCGACACCUCAGCUAAAGGAGUGUGGGAUAAGGUCCUGGGCUCUGUAGCAGAACGGAGAUCAGAAACCGGAAUGCUGCGCCUCUUUCCCAUCUACCUGAAAGGAGAAGAUCUGUUCGGUCUCACAGUAUCCGCGGUGACGCGUAUCGCCGAAUCGCUCCCGGGGGUUCAGUCCUGCUCGAGGUACCGCUUUCGUUACGGACGCAACCCGAUGCUGGAGCUUCCUCUAUCCAUCAAUUCAUCGGGCAGCGCCCGAUCCGAGCUCAGGAGCUACCCUCAGUGUCGGAGAUUGGAGAUCCUGUCCUUAUGGAACCGGACAUCUUCAGCGAUCCAGAACUCGGCUCCUCCGGAGGCCGGCUCGUCCCACAGCAAACACUUCGUUCACUCCAAGUCGUCUCAGUACCGGCGACUGAGCAGCGAGUGGAAGAGCAACGUUUAUCUCGCGCACUCGCGCAUCCAGGGUCUGGGACUCUUCGCUGCUCGGGACAUUGAGAAGCAGACGAUGGUGAUCGAGUAUCUCGGGAACAUCCUGCGUAACGAAGUGGCCAUGAGGAAGGAGCUGCACUACAAGGCCAAGAACCGAGCUGCGUUCAUGUUCCGUAUCGACGGUGACUACGUGAUCGACGCCACCUGCUGUGGAAGCCCUGCAAGGUACAUUAAUCACUCGUGCUCACCCAACUGUGUGGCAGAGGUCGUGACCUUCGAGCGUGGCUACAAAAUCAUCAUCAGCUCCAACCGCAGGAUCGAGAAAGGAGAAGAGUUGUGCUACGAUUACAGACUGGGUCUGGUGGAGAACCAAGGCAAGGUCGCGUGUCUGUGUGGAGCAGCGAACUGCUGCAAGUGGAUGAACUAGAUCACACACUUGUCUUUUUUUUAACAAUGACAACAGGAAAAGGAAAAAAAAAAGGACCCAGUGGUUCCUGUCCCUCAGCAUCACCGAGCGGAAGACUGGAGGACGGGAACGGAGGGCAAAAGAAAAGAAGAAACGACGGAGAAGCUGUUUGUGCGAAAUCAAGAGGAAAACACACGUUUGUGUUAGAGCCAUUUGAAUCGUUCUCUGGAGGAGGCGUGUGUGUGUGUGUGUAUGUGUGUGUGUGUGUGUGUGUAUGUGUGAAGGAGAAAUUUUCACCAGCGAAUGAGAUGAGAAAAAAGACGAGUGCGAGAUUGAGAGCGAUCACUGUACCGGUUAUGCCUUAUUGGUUGGGGGUUAAAAAUGAAAAAGUGGGCGGAGCUACCCGCGACUGUAACGUAGAACAUCACUGAACGAAGAAUGUACGGACUUCCGCGAAGGGAAACAAAAAAAAGUAACUUGCACUAAAAAGAAGAAGAAGAAAAAAACCCGGAAGAAACUCACGAAAAAAAAAUACAAAUACUUGAUUCCAUGAGUAUUUUUUUUUUUUUCUCAUUUUUUCUUUUUCUUUUUUUUUUUUUUUGCGUGUGUUUGUGUGCGUUUUUUUGUUUGUUUGUUUUUUUUUUUUUUUAUUUAUUACCGCGUGAAUGGACGAGCACGCCUAUUUUUAAUGAUCAUGUGAUCGGUUUAAAAAAAAAAUGAAUUGAAAAAUGAAUAAAUAAAUAAAUAAAAAUCACGGAAAGAAAGAAAGGAAGUGAAAGUGAAAGGAGACGGCGAGCAGUACGGAGAGAUCCUGUUACGUCUGUAAAUAAAAACGUGUACAUAAACGAAAAAUAUCGGAAUGACGAUCGACCAAAUACUACCUUAUUCAUAUCGAUGUUUUUAGAUGUACUAUGUUUAUUUUUUUCUUUCUCCUUUUUUUUUUUUUAUUUUUUAAAGAAUUAUUUAAAGUGGACGGCGUUCCCGCUCUCCGUCUCAGAGGUUAUUUUAAAUCGACUAUCCUGUACAGAAUCAGAAACAUUUCUUUCCCAUAUGUAUUUUCUUUAAAUGGUAUUGUAGUGAUUUUGUGAUUCGUCCCACCCUUUUUUUUUUUUUUAAAGCUAACUUCGUGACGUCUGGGUAAAAGCGCACGCAUCAGCCGCGACUCGAGCGUCAGAAGGAUAACGUGGAGCUUUUUACGUCUCUUACACGUGCACACAUGAAGUAACACAGGAAAAAAAAUAGGCGGGAGGGGGCGUGUAAUGUUGCUAGGCAACCGUGCCUACCAUAUAUGGGCGUUGUAAAUAAGCUAGCUGACGAUUAACGCAAGCAAAAAGCUCUCAUUUGAGGCGAGGAAUAUUUUUGGAUUAUUCUUUUUUUUUAUAGUCCGUAAAGAUUCCUGUCGGUUAUAUAUCCUGAUUUUAUUUUUAUUUAUUGUAUUGUAUAUAAACGUAACGUAGACGCUCGUACGUUAUUCGGUCGCUCUCAUUCCACGCUCGCGCAUGCGUCACGAAGUCGUUACGUCACCUUAACGCAGCAGUCUACGUGGAUAAGAGAUCGUGACAAACCUGGUGUUUUUUCUUUGUUUCAUAUUCAAUUCAUCGCGCUAAUACGUACGUUUUAAAUUCAGUGCGCUCGAGCCAUCAUGAUUUCUUUUUUUUUUUUUUGGGAAAUUGUACAUACAGAUUAAUUAUCGCGCUCAGAAAUAUCGUAUCGACGUGUCAAUUUUUUCUCGUGCGAAGUGUACGUGAUGGCGACGCCUAAUAUAUCACGAUGUAAUUUAUAAGCGAUUGUCGCGCGCACCGGGAAGAGUUUCGUCCUGUUCGCAUUUCACACUUCAAAAAAAAAAGCAAAAAAAAAAACAAUUUUUUGAAUUUUUCUUUCGUCUUUCGGUUUGUACACAAACUACCCCCGGGGGUUUUCCCUUUCAAUUGUACAGGGCAUGAUUUUUUUUUUUUCCAGAAGGACUCAGUUGUAUAUAUUUUGAACAGCUGUAUCAAACAAAAAUUGUUUCUUGAAUAUUUUUCUUGUCUUGUAAAAAAAAAAAAAAAAAAAGAUUGUUUGAAGCUUUUUUCCCCUGGUGGUGUUUUUCCCUCUCCUUCGCUGUAUAGUAGGAUCUCAACAGUUUUGGAAAAUGAAGCCUUUUGAAGUACACAGAGCGAAUAUAGGGUUUGGUAUUCAAGGACACUGAAUUUAGGAACAUUUACAGAAAAAAAUAAAAUAUUUUACAUCA